CGCAAUAUGCAUGGUUUAUAAAGGGUUGAUGACCCCAGAGUGCCCCGGCAUCCUGUAGCGUACACCGCCAUGUCCGGUCAACCAUAUGCAGAGCCCGCUGCCGCGGCUCCUGUCCUCGAAGCCACUGGCGAAUCGAAAAUCGAUGAGAAACACCUUGAGCACGAUGUCAACGCCCUGAGUGUAGACAAGAACGACAUUAUUGUCGACGGAUCUCGCAGCGCCGGUUUGGCCGUCAUCGAGCAGAUCCAAGUAAUCCCCAAGACGGGAAAGCGAAUUCCUACGAGCCGAUGGGAGUAUAUUACGUUCUGUCUAUAUUACUUCGCCAACAAUGGUGCACCCAUCGGCGGAAAUGGAGGAGCCUUGCGUCAGGCUCUGCUGUCUCAGGCAAACCCAUCUGGCAUAGUCCACUGGGGUGGACAGGUCCUAACGUUGAAUGCUCUUUUGCUCGAUAUUAGCGGAAUAUUAUUUGCAGUGCAAGCUUUCAUCCUCCUCUUCAUUGGUCCAUUUGCCGAUUAUGGUCGAUGGCGAGGAUACAUUCUGACGGUCGCCCAAGUCAUUUUGUGGAUCAUGCAAUUCUCUCUCGUCGGGAUUCACAAGCCGAGUCAGUGGCAGAUUGCCAACGGCAUCUACAUCGUCGGUAGUUUGGCCGCAAACAUCUCCGUUGCCUUUUAUCAGGCCACAUUCCCCGCUCUCGUCCGCGAUUUACCCAAGAUCAUCCAGUCAGAGAAUGAGGUUAGACAAGGUUUGAAGUCCCCCGAGGAGCACGAGAGACUGGACCAAUACGAGCGAGCACAGCUCUACAACAUGAGCAACAUCACCGGGUCCGCGCUUGUCGUGGUCACGUACGCUAUCUCAAUCGGUAUCUCUUACGCUCUCGGCUACGGGUCCGAUGCCACUCUGAUUCACUCGUACAACAUCCUGCUGGCAUACUUUGGUGCCAUUACAGUCCUCUGUACUCUUCCGUUCUUGAUCCUCCAAAAGCACCGCCCUGGACAAGCUCUGCCAGAAGGGGUUUCGUUUUGGACCGCCGGACCGAGACAAGUCUGGUCCGCCACGAAGCACGCUCGUCAUCUCAAACACUGCAUGCUCUACCUCGUCGCCUGGUGCUGUCUUCAGGAAUCCUGGGGAACAUGGUACACCAUUGUUGGUAUCCUGCAAAACGAAGUCAUCGACUACUCGCCGCUCAAGCUCAAUGCCCUCUCCAUGGUGGCGGAUCUGGGUGGCGGCUCGGGAACCGUCAUGAUGUAUCUUUUGCAGAAGAGAUAUCGAUUUUCUAUUCAAACGGCUCUGCGCUAUGGUGCAAUCAUGACCGUCCUCCCAUGUCUAUACGGUGGAAUCGGCAUGUUUACGCAUGCCUUUGGCUUCCAUCACUCAUGGGAAUUUUGGAUUGCUAGCUCCUGGAAUUUCAUGACAGGAUGUUGGGGAGCUUAUUCUGUCAGCAUGAUUUCCGAAGUCGUGCCCGCUCCCAAGCUCAUGCUGUUCUUUGCGAUGUUCAAUAUCUGGGGGAAGACCAGCGGGUUUCUGGGUCCAUUUAUCACAUCCGCAAUCAUAGAAAGAGCUCACGGUAACACAAACGCGGCAUUCUGGUUUUUAUUCGCUCUCGGUACAAUCGGCGUUACCGUCUUGUGGCAGGUUAAUACCGACCAGGCUAAACUGGACAAUGCCGCAUACCUGGAAAGAGAAGCGCAAGAAAUGUAUUCUCAAGAACAACGAAGACAAGGGGCCGAAUUCAUUGCCACGGGAGACGAAGAGUUUGCCGCACAACACAAGGCUCAACCUUGAUAUUCAAUACCCUCAGGACCUCUUCAAGCGGUGAACAGACCCGUGGGAAGCCUCGUGUGCAGUCCACUCGUACAUUGUAGCACAGAAU